AUGGAGGACAGCUGUGUCUUACACUUGCUACCAUAAUCAUUCCUUCCUCUUGGAAAUGAAUUUCCCAGAUAAAAUGAAUUAAGUGACUCAUCUAGCAGUUAAGGAACUAAUAAUUAGGGGGAGAUGUCAUUCACUUAAAACGAAGGAAGCAAGAAGUCUUAAGGUACCAAAAAGAAAAUCAGCAAAGAUCAACCUCAAAAUAUGAAAAAAAAUCAAGGCCAUUGGUCUACUCAAGAACAUCAAGUUUAUGUUGAGUUCCUCAAACAACAUCAUAAUACAACCAUGCAAAAUCAACAAAACAGAAAAAAUAAUAAAAUCUUCAAACUCAUGUCAAUGACAAUUGGGACUAGAUCGCCAUCUCAAUGCAGAUCUCAUCAUCAAAAAUUUAAUCCAUUUACCUUAGCUGGGUAAAAGAGAAACAAGAAAAAUAAGAAGAGAAUCAACACUGAAAACAUCACAUUCGCUAGCUAAGCCCAAUAGUAUUACACACCAGAAAUCAAGUCUCAAUUAAGUAACGAAUUAUUAUGACCCACAGAUCCCUGCCACUUUGAGUACUUCUCCAAUUAUGAAGACUCCCGUCCUUAGUUAUAUAACUUUUGUUGUAACUCUAAUGAUGAGAGCGAUUGGUGUUAUAGAUAAAAUUGUAACCAAUAUUUGGAAGGGCUUCUUGACUGAAUUGAUUGUAUUAUAUUUAUAUUGUUUUAAAUAUUUAUAUCAUA